AUGCAAAAGAAAUACAAGAACAAAUGCGCCUCUCGGAUGCAAGAGCAACUAGCCAAGAUUCAGCGAGAGAUGAAAGAGCAAAUGAUGGAGUCCCAGAGAGAAAUGAUGAGUCAGUUAUCCCAGCUGUUGUUGAAAGGAGCGGAUAAGGGAAAGGGCCCUAUGGAUAAAGUUGAAGAAACUAACAAGGAUCCUCAAUACCCCCCUGGCUUCACUCCGACGCAUGUAUCGAUAAAGCCCGAGAUUAAUUUACCGAAACCAUUUGUCACGAUCAUGCCCCAGCAAUACCAGGCCAAUGCCUCGACACCAAUAAACAUUCCUAUAGGAUCAGGCUCUAAUCCCGGGGAUAAUCCAGCUAAUCCAUUUGUCCCGGACCUUGAUGACAUGGCAGAAAUGGAGAAAGGAAAAAUAGAUAUGGCAAAACAACUCGAUAAUCGGUGCAAAUGGCUUGAGGAAAAAUUCAAAGCAAUGGAAGUUACUGAUUACUGUGGCGGGAUCGACACCAAGGACUUAAGCUUGGUCCCAGAUCUGGUGCUCCCACCAAAAUUUAAAACCCCGGAGUUCGAAAAGUAUAACGGGACGAGCUGCCCUGAAGCUCAUAUUACGAUGUUCUAUCGAAGGAUGACAGGGUAUGUUAACAAUGAUCAGCUGUUGAUCCACUGUUUCCAGGACAGUUUGAUCAGAUCUGCGGCCAAGUGGUAUAACCAUUUCGGUAGUGCCCAAAUUGGUUCAUGGAAGGACUUGGCUCAAGCUUUCAUAAAACAAUACGGUCACGUGACGGACAUAGCACCCGAUGAAUCACCCUACAAAACAUGGAAAAGAAGUCGAGUGAAACCUUCAGACAAUAUGCACAACGGUGGAGGGAAAUAG